CCCUCCCUAUUUAAGAUAAUGGCAAAAAUAACAGGCACUUAGUGUUACCAUUCUAGGGGUGUGGCGAUUCUUUCCCAUUCUCUCUCUCUCUCUCUCUCUCUCUCUCUCUCUCUGUCUCUCUCUCUCUCCCGUGAUAAACUCAAUGGGGUUGUCUAUUUUUAACCUCCUGUUCUUUCCUUUUGGCAGAGUAAUCAGUGCAAGCUGAGCUCUUUCCCUGAAUGAAUCCAAGUAACCCCAGUGAUUGCCUUCUGAAAUGACCAGCAGACACACUUCUGUCCAGAGGCUGUCCAGAGUAUAAAUUCUGGUUCUGAAGUACCAUGUCCAGCCGAGGAAAUCCCGGUGUGGAGUUUUCUACGACGACAGUCAGUUCAGUAGCUGUUCAGGCCGGAGACUCCAAAAUUGUUAUAGCUGUUGUAAAGUGUGGCAAGUGGGUACAACUUCAAUUGGCUGAAUCACAGCCCAAUCUUCUAGAAAUUGGUAGCAGUCAAGAUGAGACCAAAAAACUUCUUCAUGAUCAUGAACUUCUUUUGGCCAAGCUCAAGGCUUUGGAAGAUCAGGUGUGGGAACUCUUGCAGGAAGCAGACAAGACAGCUGAAGAGAACAAGGAUCAGAGUCAAGUCUAUGAUGCCAUGGCCAACACCUUGGGUGAAGCAUGGACAGCGCUUGUCUCUAUGCUUGAAAAAAGAAGGGAGCUCCUCAGGUUGACCUCUGAAUUUUUUGAAAAUGCCUUGGAGUUUGCUAUUAAAAUAGACCAAGCUGAAGAUUUCCUCCGGAACACCCAGGAGUUUGAGAGUGCCGAGUCCUUAAAAUCCCUUCUGCAGCUUCAUGAAAAUCAUACCAAAGAACUCUUAGAACGAUCUCUAGCCCUUUUAAACAAAAGUCAACAACUCACUGACUUCAUAGAAAAAUUCAAGUGUGAUGGACCUAAUGUGAAUUCUGAGUUGAUCCACGGAGCUCAUAACAGCUGUCUGAAGAUUGACAGCCUUCUUGAGCUUCUACAAGAUAGGAGACGGCAACUAGACAAGGGUCUGAAGCAACAGCAGCAAGAACUGGGUCAGGUUCUGAAGAUAUGUCAGUGGGACCAGCAAGAAAAUCAGGUUACUUGUUGGUUUCAGAAAACCAUAAAAGAUUUACAGGAACAAAGUCUGGGCUCAUCACUUUCAGAUAAUGAGGAACUAAUCUGUAAGCAUGAGGAAUUAAUAAUAAAAGCAAAGGAAUGGAAUUCUGCUGUUGAGAAGCUAAAGAGUGAUGCGCUUGGGAUUCUGCUGUCCAAGGACUAUGUGGAGAAGGAACAUCUACAGCUCUCUAACCAGAAACUGGAUCAGCUUCAAGGAGAAUUUGGUCGGCUCAUGGUGGAAAGGAAAACUUGGUUAAAAAAGGCAAAUGUUUUUUUUAACAGUGCCAACAAGGCAUUUGAUGUACUUGGAAGAGUUGAAGCUUACCUUAAGCUCCUUAAAUCAGAGGGUUUAAGUCUGCCUGUCUUGGCAGCAAGGCAUGAGGAAUUACACAGAGAAAUUAAAGACUGCACAGCUGAUGCUUUGCAAGAGGGACAAGCCUUAAUCAGCCAAGUAGACUCCUAUAGCUCUCAGAUAACCGGAGUCCAUGAGAUGAUGGGAUGCAUUCAGAGACGAGUGGACCAUCUGACCAAACAGUGUUCAGCGCACAAGGAAUUUGCUGUUAAGAAACAGCAAUUAACUGCCUCAGUGGAGGGCCACCUGAAGAAGGUGGAAACGUCAAUUCAGAAAAUCAGUCCAGUACUUUCCAAUGCAAUGGAUGUCGGUUCCAGUCUUUCUGAAUCAGGGAAGAUUUUGAGUAAAUAUUUGGAACUAGAUAUUCAAGCUAAGGAGACAGCACAAGAAUUAGAAGCAGCUACAAAACUUAUGACAGAGAAAAAUGAAUUUGAACCUGACGAAGUGGCAUUGCUUUCUUCUAAAGCUAAAUGGCUAGAGGAAGAAUUAAAAAUACUUGGGCGAAGCAUCAGCUCCAGGUCACAAGUCCUGCAAACUUAUGUGGCAUUUCUAAAGUCAUCAGAGGAGCUAGAGGAGCAGUGUCAGAGCCUAAAGGAGUUUUACCAAACUGAAAUCCCACGGAAGGAAGAGGAUGAUGCUGAAUCCAAGCGUCAGUUUGACUCAGCUGAAAAGCAGUGGCAGCUAUUUUUAAACAGGAGCUUUUUAACUCAAGACCUAGGGCUUGAGUUCCUUAAUUUAAUAAAUAUGGCAAAAAAGAAUGAAAUACUAAAUGUGAAAAAUGAAGUGCACUUUAUGGAGAACACUAUGGAAAGCCAGAAGGCAGAAAGAGAAGAACUCAGCCACCUUCGGAUGACAUGGCAACUUAAAGCCACAGCAAGCAAACCUGUGAAACAGCAGUGGGGAGCAUUCAAAGAACAACUUAGAAAGACCACUUACAACUUAAAACUUCUUCAGGAAGCACUUAUGCCUGUGUCUGCACUUGACCUUGGAGGGAGCCUCCAGACCAUUUUAGGUCUACAGAAAAAAUGGAGUGAAAUGAAGCCUCACCUCCAGCAACUGAACGUUGAAGUUCAAUACAUUGUAAAAGAAUCAGAAGAGUUAACUGGCAAAGGAGCCCCUGUUAAAGAGAAGUCUCAACAACUGAAGGAGCUUAUUCACCUCCAUCAAAAACAGCAAGAGAGAAUCCAAGAUUAUGAAGAUAUCCUGUACAAGGUAGUCCAAUUCCAUCAAGUUAAGGAAAAGCUGGGUCAUCUCAUCAAAUCAAGAGAAAUGGAGUUUUUAGAACAGCCAAAGGAGCUGGAGGAUGGCCACGAAGCCCAGGUUCAGCUCUGUCGCUCUCAGGAGAAGCAGGCACAUAUUGAGCAGCUCCAUAAACUGGCCCUUUCCCUGGGAGUGGACAUCAUCUCUUCAGUACAGCGACCUAACUGCUCUAACAUUUCUGCCAAGAACCUGCAGCAGCAGCUGGACGUCCUUGAGGGGGAUGGUGUGAACUUGCGUUCCAAAGCCGAGGAGUAUGAACGGACCCUGAUCCGCUGCUUGGAGUACUGCACCACAAGGGACAAUAUAAAUGAGCUCAAAGAGUCAUUCAAAGAUAUAAAAAAGAAAUUCAACAAUUUGAAGUUUAAUUACACUAAGAAAAAUGAAAAAGCUCGGAAUCUGAAGGCUCUUAAAUAUCAAAUUCAACAAGUUGAUGUGUAUGCUGAAAAAAUACAGGCUUUGAAAAUGAAAAUGGGAAAGGUUGAGAAUAAAACUUCUUAUUCUCUCUUAAAUUAUCCAAAUAAUAAAGUGAAUGUCCUUUUGGAAACCAUGAAAGAUUUGCAAAAACAUGUGGAUGAGUUUGAAAAAGUUGUGACAGAUUACAAGAUGAAUUUGGACCUGACUGAACAUCUCCAGGAAAUGAUAGAAGAGUGUCACUUUUGGUAUGAAGACGCAAGUGCCACAGUUGUAAGAGUUGGAAAAUACUCUACAGAGUGCAAGACAAAGGAAGCUGUGGAAAUUCUCCACCAGCAGUUCAAUAAGUAUAUCAUGCCCUCAGUGCCUCAGCAAGAAGAAAGGAUUCAGGAGAUCAGUGACCUAGCCCAGCGCUUAUAUGGUUUUGAAGAAGGGCAGAAAUAUGCUGAGAAAAUAGUGGCAAAACACAAAGAGGUUCUUGAAUCUAUCACUGAAUUAUGCGUCUCUCUCACAGAGCUUGAAGAAAAGCUGAAGGGAGACAUUUUAAAAAUGAAUCUGAAUUUGGAAGAUCUCCAUGAUGACUUUGUUGACCUGCUAAAAGAACCAGCAAGAAAUAAGCAGACAUUAUUCAAUGAAGAAAGAAAUAAGGAGAAGGCGCAGGUAGAAGAUAUUUUGACUGUCAAUGGAACAGGAGAGGGUCAGCUCCCACAGCACCUGACGCAGCUGCUCUCUGACAAAGAGGAUGCUGUCCAAGGCCAUCUCCUGCCUCCAGACAUGCUUUCGGGAGAAGAAUAUGAGUGUGUCUCACCUGAUGACAUCUCCUUGCCUCCACUCCCGGAAAGCCCUGAUUCCCCCCUUGCCCCUGCUGACAUGGAAGUGGAGGGGCAGUCUAGCCCUCCCCGCAGCCUUCCCAUGAGCAACUACAGGAUGCAGACAGGGGCCAGCUGUCCAGGGGAGGCCCAGGAAUCUGGCAUCCCACCACCUGCUGCUUUUGCUGAUGCUUACAAUGAUAAGAGAGAAACAUUUUCAAGUCAUUUUGAGAGGCCCUCUCCCCAGUUCAAAGCUGAAGUCCCAUUAACCUCCCAAGGAAUUUUGGAAAAAAGUACUGCCUUCUGCAAAAUCAGUGCUAAACAUCCAGAGAGCAUGCUGAGUGAAGUGCAUGAGAGAGCUUUACAACAGCACCCUCAGGCUCAGGGAAGUUUGCUAGAAACAUGGGAGAAAGUGCAUGCUGAUAACAAUGUCACUAAAACCCAAGACAGGCUGCAUGCUUCCCAGGAUGCAUUCUCAGGCCUUGGGUUUCGAUCAGGCUCCAGCCAGGUCUAUCAGAGGCAAACAGUCCCCCAAGAGGAGAUUAAAUGUACAUCAGCAAAGAACACCAUGGUCAGCCUCGCUGGCCAGGCACCUAAUUUCUCCAGGCUUCAGUCUAAUGUAACUGUCAUGGAAGGUUCUCCAGUGACUUUGGAAGUUGAAGUGACAGGAUUUCCAGAGCCUACACUGACAUGGUACAAGAAGGGCCAGAAAUUGUCUGCAGAUGGGCACUUACAGGUUUUACACAAGGAGACAAGACAUUCGGUGUUCAUUCCGAAGGCAUGCGAGGCAGACGCAGGCCUCUAUGUGGCUCGGGCCCAAAACUCUAAUGGCAUUCUCUCUUCCAAUGUCAUCCUCCACGUGACAGGUAACCACAGGCCGCCAAUCACAAGAAUAAACUGGAUAACGCUGUGUGUCGUCUAUAUUAGUGUGUCCCUAAUGUACUGGGUACUCACACAGUAACUGUGGGGUUAGCACUCCUGGAUGUCAUUUUCAUGAGCCUAAAGAACAAUGCUAUGGUUGUUUAUUUUCCUGUAUCUCCCACAGAACAUCCUCCAUGAAGUGUACCCCCAUUCUGGUCAUGUUGUUUGUUCAGCUAAUCCCACUGCUCAGUGAAAUAAUCACAUUUUCUUUAGUGUUUUAGUAUAUUUGAAGACGUUGGUAAAUUAUUAGCAGUGGAUAAGCAUACAUUUUUGUAUUCUAGAGAGAUGUGUUCAAGACAAAAGCACAGUAAAAUACACUAUAUUUAUUCCCUCCCAGUUUAAGAGCAUGUAUAUUAAGGUUCAUUUCAGUAGAAAGAUGUGAGUUAAAUUUCAAA